AUGGAGCUGGAUGGUGGGAACGUGCUGGGUUUCAUCCCCAUGGCUUGGGGGCAUGCCGCUUGUCACCUGUUGGGAAUGUCAUUGAUCAGUGCCAAUGUGCUAGUCGCGGCUAUGAAGAAGGAGGGUGGCGGGGCCAAAUCCUUAUAUGGCCAAGCUGAUUCAUAA